CAUUCCUCUCCAUCCAGACCUCUGAGUCGUUUCUGCUCCUCCCCACCUCUUGUCCGCCACACAGUUUCCCUUCGGCUGGUGCCCUAAGCCCACCACCUCCAGGGGUCUGGGUCACCCUGUUCCCUACUCACCCGACUUCCUGCGUCUGCUCUGAUCCCGGUGUCGGAUGAGGAGGACGAGGGGCAGGAGGACGAGGGGCAGCAGGACGAAGGCCACCGAGACCCCGAUCAGGACGUUCAGGCAUUGAGGUUGUAUCCAUAUCCUGGCUAAUGUGAAUAAUGCUGCAGUGAACAUAGGAGUGCAGAUAUCUCUCCGAGAUCGUGGUUUCAUCUGCUUUGGCUAUAUACCCGGAAGUGGAAUUGCUGGAUCCUAUGUGAGCUCGUGCCCUCCGGCUUCUCCUCGGCCAGUUCGCGAAACGAUGUCCCACGCCCUGGCGAGCUGCUGCGUCGUGUGGGAAGAGAAGCGCAGAGACAGGCAUUGAGGUUGUAUCCAUAUCCUGGCUAAUGUGAAUAAUGCUGCAGUGAACAUAGGAGUGCAGAUAUGUCUCCGAGAUCGUGGUUUCAUCUGCUUUGGCUAUAUACCCGGAAGUGGAAUUGCUGGAUCCUAUGUGAGCUCGGGCCCUCCGGCUCCUCCUAGGCCAGUUCGCGAAACGAUGUCUCACGCCCUGGCGAGCUGCUGCGUCGUGUGGGAAGAGAAGCGCAGAGACAGAAAUCCUACAACAAAAUACAUUCGCAGUUGAGUGGGAUGAAUCAGGAAGACUUCUAGGUGGUUUGGAAAGGGGUCUGUGGUUUUCAUAAUCGGCUCAACGAUGACCCCUUGAGAAGACACAAGUGUGGUGAGGACUCAGCAGCACCUUCUGGUCAUUCCUCUCCAUCCAGACCUCUGAGUCGUUUCUGCUCCUCCCCACCUUUUGUCCGCCACACAGAUCUCAGUUCCCUGACCGAGGAUCGAACCCUCGCCCCCUGGAGUGGAAGCGUGGCAUCUCAACCACUGAACCGCCAGGGAAGUCAUCUGUCUCUGUCUCUCUGUCUCCCUCCCUCCCUCGCUCUCUCUCUCACCCCGUCUGUCCCUACCCUCUCUGGCUUCCUCCUCUCUCCCGCUGCAUCUAGAUGAGGCUCUUUCAAAGUCCUUUGGGUUGUUGGAAAUACUUCCUGAUGGGAAAACCCGAACCCUGGGCCACUCCCCACUCAGCAUCCUCUGCCCACUCCUGAGAAGCUGGGGAAAUGCCCAAACUCCACGCAUAGGUCCCCUUGCUUAGGGUCUCUGCUCUCCGUGGCCUUUGGUAGAGGCCCUGCCAUGCUGACUCCGUUUCCUCAUCUGCUCAAUGGACAUAAUAACAGCACCUGCCUCAUAGGUUGAUAUGAGGACUAAAUGAGGUAAUAAGAUGGAGUGCUUCGAACAGAGCCCGCACACAGCAGGUGUUCAGCAGACUCGUCCUGCAAUUCUUCUGGGGCUCGGAUCUGAACCAGCUUCCCCUCCCUUCCCAGCACAGCUGAACGCCUCACCUCCUCCACCCCUGCCUCUGCCUCACCCGGAUCCAGGCCGGUGGAGUAGAGCCCCCGAAGCACCGCCCCACCUGUACACUGACCCAGGCUGCAGUCACCCCUCUAUCCUUCUACCUGCUCCUUCAAGAGGCAGCCCCCGCUGCCCUGGGCUAAACCCUCCUCAAGUGCUCUAGACAUGGGCUACCCGAUACCUGGACCACUGGCCCCCAGUGGCUAUUUCCAUGUAGAAUCAAUGAAAAUUAAAUACAAUUAAAAUUUCACUUUCUCAGCCCCACUAGCUGCAUCUCAAGUGCCCAACAGCCACAUGUGGCUACUGUACUGGACAGUCCCAUCAUUCCAGAAAGUUCUGUUGGACAGACCCUUUUCUUCCCUGCUCCUGGGGGUCCUGUCCUUUAUAGAACCUACCUCUCCUAUAUCUUCCAUCUCUCCUUCUGAGUCAGGGUCAGCCUGCCUGAGUUCAAAUCCUGCCUGCGCAACUUUAGGGCUGCAUUAGCUAAGUUCCCUAAAAGUUAAGAGACAAACCAAAAAACCCUCUCUGUGCCUCAGUUUCUCCAUCUGUAAAGUGGGAAUAAUAAUACCAACCCCCUCCCGCCCAUAGAGUUAUUGCAAAGAUUAAGGUUACAUGUGGAAAGAUCUUAGAACAGCUCCUAAAAUAUUCUAAGCCCUUGAUAAAUGUUAGCUGCUAUUACUGUUGUUAUAUACUUUCUUCCAAAUGCUGAAGUAAGCUCAAGCCCCCUCUUUAAGUCUGUAUGUAGUAGCAAUGAAUGAGUCCCAAAAGAAACUGCCAAGUGGGAAAAAGUGGUAGCCCAAAACCGUCCAGUAAAAGUUCCUUUGUGUGUUUAAUAUGUGUUUUCUUAGAGCACCAUGUUGAUCAGCUGUUCUCAACCAGGGGCAGUAUCCCCCCUCCAGGGGCCAUUUGGAAGCAAUGCUGGUCGUCUAAAUCCUGGGGAGGGGGAAGCUACUGGCAUCUAGUGGGUGGAGCCUCGGGACGCUGCUGAACAUCCCACAGUGCACAGGAUACUCCCACCACAAAGAACCAUCCAGCCCCAAAUGCCAAGAGCUCCGAGGUGCAGAAACGCUGGUGGGCCGAGCCAAAUCACAUGAGCCCUAAAAGCAGAGGAGCUUUUCUGGCUGGAGGGAGGAGGGAGAUGGGGCAGGCCUGCAAAUCAGGGACACCUGAAGCAUAAGAGGGGCUCAACUUACCGUUGCCAGAGGACAGACACAGGGAAAACACCGGAAGGAUGCAGGCAGCCUCUUGGAGCAGACCAGCCCCCAGCUGACAGCUCAGCAGGCACUGGCACUCGGUGAUGUCAUGACCUUUCUGUGGACGAGUCGCUCCCGGCAGGGAUAUUCAUCCCGGGAACUCUCCAAAGCAGGGUGAGAGCUGCCCCUCCGAGGUCACAUCCAUCCUUUUGCUGGUCUUACUGCCUGACCUUGUCUGUUUUUCUCUCUCUCUUUCAAGCCCGCACAUACUCCCUCAACAGCUGCAAUCUGGAAGAAAUUAUUCUUCUACACAGCCAGACUUCCCCAGUUUCAGGAAAUUCCAGGCUGGCAGGGGGAGGGGCCGAGCUGGGGGCCGCCCUGUCCAUCCAUCCAUCCCCCGCCCCGUCUGCCGUGUUCUCUGGGCGGGCGCACACCCAGUGCCAGCCUCCUCCCCUGGCCCACACUCAGCCCGGAGGGGCCUCAGCUUUUCCACCGCUACUUCCUAGUCCUUUAAAUCCUAGAGGCAAACUUUUGGGGGAUAAGGAAGGCUGGGAGGGACCUACGCCUUAACCCUCUCUGCCCCAGACACACUGAGCUGCACUGGGCGUGACUCUGCGCCCCUUUGGGCUCCUACCAUGGCCCCCGAGAGGGCCUGACACUUCAGAUCCCGGUGCAGGUGAGAUCCCGCCCGGAGGAAGAAGGAAGAAGGCGCGGGCCUGGGACUGGGAGGCGGAGGCGGGCUCCGAACCAAGAAGACGGGGUUCCCAGCUUGAGCCGGAGCCUGAGAGUUUGCCUGCCUGGUUCAGCGGGGACCACGAGAUGCCGGUCCUGAAGCAGCUGGGCCCCGCGCAGCCCAAGAAACGGCCGGAGCGCGGCGCUCUGUCCAUCUCCGCGCCGCUCGGCGACUUCCGGCACACUCUGCACGUGGGGCGCGGCGGCGACGCCUUCGGAGACACUUCGUUCCUGAGCCGCCACGGCGGCGGGCCACCCCCUGAGCCCCGGCCGCCGCCCGCGGGGGCCCCGCGCUCCGCGCCGCCGCCCGCCGUGCCGCAGCCCCCGCCGCCCGCCCUCCGCGCGCCAGCGCCCGCCGACCCGCUGCUGUCCUUCCACCUGGAUUUGGGCCCCUCCAUGCUGGACGCAGUGCUGGGCGUCAUGGACGCGGAACGCCCGGGCGCCGCUGCCGCCAAGCCCGACGUGGACCCCGGCCCCGGGGCGCAGCACCCUAGGGCCCGUUGCCUCCCCAAAGCGGACCUCGAGCUGGACGACGUCAUCGGCCUGUAGGCACCCCCAUUCCCUGCGCCCUUACCGUCCAGCUCCCCACUUCUUUAUACAUAAACCGACAAGGUCUGUGCCCCGGG